UUCGUCGUCGCUCUCUCUCUCUCUCUCUUUCCCCUCUCUCUUCUGACCACCUCACUGCAGAAGUGUACGACAUCGCUUUGGCUCAACCCAUUUGGGCUGAAGUGCUCGGGUCCCAGCCUGACACGCCUGACGGUCGCGAGCAGCACUGCCUCUUCGAGAGUUUCCCGCGAUGGCGCGCUCCAGCUUCGGUGCCCUGGCCCUCGCCGCGACGGCCGCGUGGCUGCUGGUCGCAACCCUCUCGCCGGCCUUCGCCGGCACGCGGGCCCAGCCGAGCCUGGCCGCGCGUGGGGACCGCGUGGGCAGGCAGGCCGGGUCCGAGAUCAUGCUCACCGCCCCCUCGAUCGGCGGCAGGUACCGUGUGAUCAUCGACGAGAGCACCACUGUGGAGUCGUGCCUCACCAAGUUCAGGAAGAUCUUCGAGAUCGACCAGGACUUCCUCCUCGACAGCGACUUCAACGUCUACCUGAAGGAGGACGAGAGCAAGCCGAUCUCUGGCAAGAUCGCGGACCACACCAAGCUGCGCCCCUGGGGGCCGGACGGCAUCGAGCUCCACAUCUACUACGAGCCGAAGUGAGCGAGCGGCCUGGCUUCUCGCUUGCGGGGUUGAGACACAACGAACUCUGACGGCACGAUUUUCUUUUCAAGACACGGUCGCAGGUUCCAGCGAUGGAAAAACAAACAUCACGGGUGCAAGCGAGAGCGUGCGAGAGCCAGGGUUUGGAGCAAACAGGCACCUCUGACCAAGUCGAACGAUGACCGCCGCAGCUUGUCAUUGCUGCAAGGGUGUGGCUUGCUUGCAAUAGUAAGGAGACGGAUUUUCGUCGGUAUCUCGG